GUCACCCUGCAUCCUGUUCUCACUUCUCACCACCACCCGUUUCGUCCUCGAAGAUUAAGCAAACGAUCGGUGAAUCGUGCAGGCUCAUCGGUAUAAAUAUGUUAAAAAUCGUAAACGCCGACGCGAAAUGAAAAGUUUUACGGUACACUGGUAGUAGAUAAGUAUAACAGAGUAGAGACGAUGGACGUUGGCGGCGACGAGUGAGACAAAUAUUUUUCAAAUGAAACUUGAUGCCUGGAUGCAGUAAAACGAAUUUGUUCAUCUAUAAUAAGCAACCAUGUUUGGUAACAAGUUUAUGUACAUCUUAAGACAAGGUGUUUCGAGUAGAAAUAAAAUUAACGAAUCGGUCAGUCGUGUGUAUUACGUUCGUCGAAAAUCUUUCUCACUGCUCGCACUCCCGAAGGAGAAACUAGGGAACAAGGCAUAUUCCUUCGUACUCGUCGUUCCCUGCCUUUUAACGGGUUACGUCGCCUGGAAUAGGCAUAGGAAAGACAGAUACCUUUUGAACGUUAACGCCGCUGAAAUGAUCAUCGAAUCGGACGACGAGAAUAAAACUGAGCAGGCACGAGACGAACAAAAGAAAAAAAAGAAAAAAGAGAAAGUUGGCUUCAGAGAUCGAAAGAUAAUAGAGUAUGAAAAUCGUAUGAGACAUUAUUCGACUCCUGACAAAGUAUUCCGAUAUUUCGCUACGUUGCAAGUGGUCAACAACGACAUCCAUGAAAUCUUCAUGACACCCGAUGACUUUUUAAGAUCGAUCACGCCUGGUCUCAAACAGCCGGACGGUAACUGUUUAGCUCUUUUCAAGCGAGACAGAUUUUUUUGCCUGGGACUGGAUAAGUACAAACGGUACGAUCCGAAGAAUAUUCAUACCAAGCUAGAAUUGGCCUUGGACGAGGACAGUAUCUUUUACAAAUUAGGAAGCGCUGGUUUAAUCACCUUUUCCGACUAUAUAUUUCUUCUUACGGUAUUAUCUACUUCUAGAAGACAUUUCGAAAUUGCCUUCCGAAUGUUCGACUUCAACGGUGACGGUGACGUGGAUUCCGAUGAGUUUGGAAAAGUAGCUACCUUGAUCCGGCAGCAAACCAGUAUAGGCAAUCGACAUCGUGAUCACGUUACCACUGGCAACAUGUUCAAGGGAGUCAAUUCGGCGCUGACUACCUACUUUUUUGGAUCGAACAUGAAGGGAAAAUUGACGAUCGAAAAGUUCCUCGAAUUUCAACAACAGUUACAGAGAGAAAUACUCAGUUUGGAGUUCGAGCGGAGAAAUCCGGAUGAGAACGGUCGAAUAAGCGAAGUAGAUUUUACGGAGCUACUACUCGCGUACGCUGGAUAUCCGGACAAGAAGAAGGGAAAGAUUCUAAAGACUGUUAAGAAGCGCUUCAAAGAAAAUCCAAAGGGUAUAGACAAAGACGAGUAUCUGAAGUUCUUCCAUUUCUUGAACAACAUCAACGACGUGGACACGGCAUUGACGUUCUAUCAUAUAGCCGGUGCAUCGAUCGAUCAAGCUACGCUGAAGCACGUCGCGAAAACGGUGGCGCACGUAGAUCUGACUGAUCACGUGGUACAAGUGGUUUAUACGAUAUUCGAUGAAAACAUGGACGGCCAAUUGAGCAAUAAAGAAUUCGUUGCCGUGAUGAAGAACAGGGUCCUGAGAGGACUGGAAAAACCGAAGGAUACCGGUUUCGUAAAAUUGAUAGAAUCGGUGGUGAAGUGUUUGAAACUCAGUUACAACAUGCAUUUCGACAACUGAACGAAAUUACUACGAGACCGAAUUUGCUCGUAUAUACUUCCAACUUGUAAUUGUAUUCUGUAUGUACAUAUAAAAUAAAGGACGAUACCGAUGCAUGUGCA